GAUGACGUAAUCGGGCAGCCCCGUGUCGUCGAUCCAAACGAGCUGAACUCUGAAUGAACCACUUAUUAAUGACAUUUGCGUGCUUGACGGGGGAAUAAAUACGAGUGAGUGGUUCUCGAGCAGCCCAUUCUUGCCCAGCCUCUGUCCUACACGCAGAGGAGACUCUCCUGCUCCCGCCCGACCCCGGACCAGGCUCCCGUCAUAUCACAGCUUGUAACCACGCCACAAGACUCUCUCGUCGGUCGGCAAAAUGCUGGAGGAAGUUGUAGGGUAUCUUGUCUUCCCUGCCUUUCUAAUGGUCCUUUCCUGGAAACUCUGGGGGCGCUACGCCACUCCGUCGGACCCGGCCUGCGCCCUGCCUCUACCCGCGGGGACCACGGGCUUUCCGAUCAUCGGCGAAACUUUGUCCUUCAUAUUGGAGGGGGCAGAUUUCUCCAGGAAACGGCAUGCCCUGUACGGAGACAUCUUCAAAACCCACAUCCUGGGCCGCCCGACCAUCCGCGUCCGAGGCGCCGACAACGUGCGCAAGAUUCUCCGCGGAGAGAACGACAUCGUGGGCACCAUGUGGCCGGACAACUUCCGCAUGGUGCUGGGGACGGAGAACCUGGCCAUGUGCGGCAGCGGGCCACUCCACAGGCAGAGGAAGAAGAUCGUCAUGCGUGCCUUCCGCCAUGAUGCACUGGAGAUCUACACGGACAGCAUGCAGGCCAUGAUCGCGGACACCUUGCGGGGCUGGUGCAGGGGGCCCCAGCCGCUGGCAGUCUACCCCGCCGCUCGAGAGAUGAUGUUCCGACUCGCCAUAGCUGUUCUGGUCGGAUUCCAUCAAGAUGAGGAAGAGGCCAGGAGAGUUGGGUCACUUUUCAGGACCGCUGUGAAGAACAUCUUCUCCUUACCAUUGAACGUGCCAGGAAGCGCACUCAGAAAAGCUCUGCAGUGUCGCCAGGAAAUCGACGAAUGGCUGAAACGUCACAUCCACGAGAAGCAUGCGCAGAUCUGGAGCGGAGAGGUCCCGGAUGACGUGCUGUCCUUCAUCAUCAGCAGCGCGAAGGAGGAAGGGAAGGCUGUGGACCAACAGCAGCUGCUGGACACGGCCGUGGAGCUGCUGUUUGCCGGGCACGAGACCACGUCCAGCGCCGCCACCUCCCUCAUCAUGCACCUGGCGCUGCAGCCACAGGUGGUUCAGAAGGUGCAGGAGGACCUGGAGAAGCACGGGCUGCUGCAGCCGGACCAGCCUCUGAGUCUGGAGCAGGUCGGCAGGCUGACGUACGUGGGGCAGGUCGUCAAGGAGGUGCUCAGGAUCAGUCCACCUAUAGGGGGAGGCUUCAGGAAGGCUCUCAAGACAUUCGCGAUUGGCGGCUUCCAGGUUCCGGAAGGUUGGGCCGUCAUGUACAGCAUCAGAGACACGCACAGCGCGUCACAGCUCUUCUCGUCGCCGCAGCAGUUCGACCCGGACAGGUGGGCGGCUGCCGACAGCACGGCCAUCAGGUACGACUUCUUACCCUUCGGUGCCGGACCUCGCGCUUGUGCCGGGAAGGAGUUCGCCAAGCUGCAGCUGAAGUUGCUGUGCGUGGAGCUGGUGAGAAGCUGCCGCUGGGAGCUGGCGGACGGCAAGGUGCCAGAGAUGAAAUCAGUCCCUGUUCUUCAUCCCGCCAAUGGACUUCCGGUAAACCUUGUCUCUUUGGAUGACGUCACCGUCAAACGUGAGGAUGCAGACGGACUUGCUGCUCCCGCGCAUGCUCCGUUGAUGAACACCGACCUGGUCACGAGAAGUGACCCCUGUUUGACCUUGGACAAAAACGGGAACUUGUAUCCGACCAGCGAGCAAAACUCCCCGGACACUGUGACGGUGGUUGGACCGGACUUGUCCAACAUUGUCUAAAUGGAACUGGAAAAAAAGCCAGUCGAUUGUAGUAAUUAGUAAGCUAGCUGUCUAUCAACUUAUGCAUAUUGACAAACACACCCACACAUGUACACACGCAACCACCCAUAUGCACACACACACAUGCACGCACGCACCCACCUACAUGUACACGCACAAAUGCGCGUACCUUCACACACACAUACACACACACACGCACCAACACCCAGAGUUGUGUGUAAUCAGAAAACUUUGAAGCGAAACAUGAAACUGUUGAAAGGACGCAUGGCUUGUGGUCAACUUGCCAAACCUUGUAAAUAUGACCUUAUGUCUGUGCUGUUACGUUAUCAGGUUUGAUUACUUCAUCUAUAUGCAAGCAUCUAUGGUACAUGUACAACUUGUGAAUAUGGGAUUGUGCUUGUGGUCUAGCAAUGAUGACAAUCACUACCCCACUAAGACCAAUGCUUGUUUAAAACUUGAUGUAUGUCAUUAAAAGGUGGGACUUAAUUAAAUACCCAGUAUAUAGUUGCAUGCUGAUAUUUAUUUAUUAUAUACAGCACAGAACUAUUUAUUUUAUUACACCACUUAUUUAUAUGGAUCAUUUUUAUACGUUUAGUUGUGGAGCACUGUCUAUUUUUACGACAAUCAUACGUUAUAUGGCUAUAUAAUGCUAUAAUAAAGUUAUCAAUCUAUCAGA